UUUGGCAGAGCUGUCAGAUCUCUUCGAAGAACAAGAACCGUUUGAGAGUUUAGCUUCAGGCUGUUGGCGACCGUAGCUGGCAAGCCGUAGGAGCUGAUAGAGAGCGCGGAUUAGCCACGGUUCUUUUCCGGUGUUGUCUUUGGUAUAAUUAGUGCCACUCGACGAUAUAUCGAGUCGAAGAUGAGCGGAAACACUCCCCGUUCGUCUCUGCGAGAGGGCCUGCGACAGGCACCUAAAGCCAAUCAGCCGUUCAUACCUGAUACCGCGCCUGUCAGACAAACACGCUCGAGUAUCCAUUCUACGACGUCACCUCAGCCGCCAGGAGCCCCUCAUACCCCUUCUACACCAUCCGCACAUCUCCAUAAUACCCACAGCAAUCAUAUGGAUAUCGAGAACUGGGAUGGGAGGGAGCAAGUCAAGGUCCCGAUGUCCACGCGUGAGGUUGCAACCCCAGGAAACAGACCUGGCCUUUUUGCACAAUAUGACAGAACAAAAACCGCGAAGCAACCGGACUUUUACGAUCCCUAUUUUCCCCUUAGGUAUUUGGAGGUUCCGAAAUCCGAUCACAUCUAUAAACGAGCCCACUAUGGUCUCCAGUCCGGAAUUCCAGAUGAAGUUGAUUUUGCACUCUACCACCUGGUACAAAUAUCCAACCAACGGUGGGAUAAAUUCAAGUUCGAAGGGUUCCCUCUGCUCGCAGAAACGCUCAUGGAGAAAGCCAUGGAAGUAACUCUACUCUGCACGGGUGUCAAGUGGGAGCUUCAGUAUGAUAUCCGAGAGCCGACGGAGCGCAUCGACGUGCUCAACUCUUUGCGUGGCACCCGAGGUAUUCUAGACAAAAUUCGAGAAAUCCCAGUCACAUUGGCGGAUGAUACCCUCGAAACAACCGAGUUCACGCAUCGUCUUCGAAACAUCAAGGAGGCCACCUUGGUGCUACGCAAUAUGGUUCUGUUGAAGGAGAACGCGUACUAUAUCGCGCGAUAUGCUCAUGGAUUGCUCAGAGACUUUCUUGUCGUCUUGAUCAAUAUCCCAAACCAACCCCGGUUGAACGAGCUCAAGAAUGAUGCGCUUGAUAUUGCGGAAGAGGUCACCCGAUUCAUGAAGACUGAUUCCGAAGACCCGCUCUGGAUAUCCUUACUGCAAUGCCUCGAGUCAACGGAUCGCGCACAUAUUGUCAGAGCUUUCUGGGCGCUGACACACUUCUCUACCGAGCUCAACGAGCCCGAAGGCAAUCGAGCCAUGGAGCGCAUACCGAAACAGACCCUUCGGCAAUUAUAUUUCCAUUCGCUUCUGGAUUUGGAUAAGGACAUUUUGAGCGGUGCGUUAGACUUUUGGUACCAGUAUACGCUUUUCCCUUACAACAUCGAGACCCUUAUCGAUGUAUUCAACCUCCCGACCGUGUUUGUGCCCCGAAUGAUUGCUCUCUUGAUGUACGAGGGGCGGCCAUCCAAGAGAGAAACCGUGAUCCAGGAGGAGAAGGUGGCACCGCCGCCGACGGAAAUUCCACGAGUUCCACCCGAGCUGCUGAAGGAUCUGAUGGAGCUGGCAGAGCCCGAGCGCAGCUCUCGCUGGCUCCGGUGCUGUUUUGUUGAAGACGCCGACUGCGAAAUCACCCAGAUUGCCUUAUGGCAGGCCUACCAGAACCGGUUCGCCGAUCCGCGAGUCCCUGGUGGCGGGGUUCUGCCCGCUGCGGAGUUCAUCAAGAAUGUGAGCAACACAUUCACCAACGCCCAAGCACAAGUCAUCAACGGACCUGGCGCGGCCACCAAAUUCAUCAUCAAGGGUAUCCGCCCUCUGGAGACCGCGUACACCUUCUCAGGGUUCCCUUACAACUACUGCAAGUGGGCGGACAACACCAAGCCGGCCAAGAUCUGCCAGCGCGCCUUUGCGACCCCCACCGAGCUCCGGAAUCACAUCUUCUCCGAACACAUGAACCUGGCUGCCACCGAUACACCGGGCCAUUACAACCUGGACAAGGCCGAGUCUGCCACACACACCUGCCUCUGGGACAACUGCCCCAAAUUCCGCUCGUCUGGCCCUAGUGCGGACACGGCGAUGGUCGCGGGCCAUGUGGCGUCGCAUCUUCCCGACGAACGGGCUCCGGACGCGGAGCCACCGGUGCCGAAACGGAUGGUGCUGCAGGAGCGCAUUGUCCGCAAGUGGUUCUACAUGGACACACCCAUCAAUGACCGCGGCGAGCCGUUCGGGGUGGCGUACAAGGCCGCGCUGGUGCUGCGCAACAUUGCAUGGAACCUGCCGAACCGGGAGGCGCCCAAACACGGCGGGCUCUUGUGGAAGAAGGCCGUCUUUGCCGGCCACCGGUCGAAGAUAAUUGAGAUCUGGGAUCGGAACCGGUCCCUGCGUAAGGAACUGACGGAGCUGGUCAUGGUUUUAGAAAGGAGAGACGAGUGAUAAGCUUUUUUUUCUUCUUCUUUUUCUCUCCCUACCUCCUUUUUUCUCCUUUCUUCUCUAAAAACUCUUCUUGUACGAAUAAUACCCUGAUUUAUGGUUCGACGGUUUUCAUCUUUUCUUUCCCCCUUGUUCUUAUUUCCUUUUCUCUUCCCUUUUAAAUUCCAGGGAAGCCCUGGAAUCAUGGAAUCAUUACUUAGUAGGUGAACCCGGGAGCCGGGACGAGGAGGAGGAUAGGGUAUUCAGUUUUCUUUCUUUUUCUCUUUUAUUUACCAUUCAUGGCGUCCCGGGUGGUAGAGGCAGGCUGUACUUGACAUUGUGA